AUGGAUUUCGCAGCCCAGUACGCCUUUGCCGGCCCUCAUCAGGCGUUCUCGGCCUCUUUUAUGCCUCUGACGCCUUCGCACUCCCAAUCAAAUGGCUCGGACGAUUUCAGCAAUACCUCCCCGCCUGACAACUUUGCAGACCACUUCAAUACCUUUGAUUAUACGGGGUCCUUUGGCAACCAUCAUCAGUCGGCCUUCCACCAGAGCCCGCCGUCGCCGCCCGUCUUCGGCCAGCAUCCGAGAGCUGCCGUGCAACAGCAGCAGCAUCAAGACCAACAGCAGCACGUCUCGGACCACUUGGCGCAGUCUCCGUCAACAAAUGGCAGCAUCAAUGGCAGCAGCAGCAGCAUGCGACUGGAUGGCGCAUCGGGAACCAAGAUCGAGGCCAACUCCGACGACUUAGGCCGCGGCGGCAGCGAAGACGAGGAUUCGUUGACUCCUGCGCAGUCGAGGAGAAAAGCCCAGAACCGUGCCGCCCAACGAGCAUUCCGCGAACGAAAAGAAAGACAUGUCAAGGAUCUCGAGUCCAAGCUGGCCAACCUUGAGGCCGCUCAGAAAGAAGCUGCUACCGAAAACGAGCGACUUCGACGAGACCUCCAGCGGAUGUCGACCGAGAAUGAGAUUCUCCGGGCUACGUCAGCCAUGAAUCAGAACAAUGGCUCUCAUUCCCCCGAGCCUCUGACAACAGGGCCGAUGACAUAUACGCCUACCGACUUUUACACCAAUGUGCUCCAGGGCCACAACAACAAGUUCCCCUCACACCGGAUUGUUACCUCUGACGACGGCCACCGGCUGCUCGCCGCAGGAGCCGCCUGGGACUUUAUCCUGGCCCACCCUUCGUACAAGCGAGGCCUGGUUGACGUCAGCCAAGUAGCCGAGCGAAUGAAGCGUCUGGCCAAAUGCGACGGACAAGGGCCUGUCUUCUCUGAGGGAGACAUUAUCCACGCUAUUGAACAGAGCGUUGCUAGUGGCUCCGACGACCUGUUGUAA